AUGCGCUCGAGCUUAAUUCAAGCUUUCGUUGGCCUUGCCUUUGCCACCUUCAUUGGUGUAGAAAGUGCAAACGCUCCAGGUGCACCUUUUUGGAAUCCCAAGCAAAACCCUUAUCCAAGCGUUAAAAGGGUUGAUAAAACGUUCACCUACCGUUCCGCAAAAGCAAAGGGCAAUGUCACCGUUGCUGAUCCAUACAAUUGGUUAGAACAACCACUCGCAACGGACGCGGGUGUAAAAGGAUUUGUUGAUGAUCAAACAAAAUUGUUGGACAGUUAUUUGGCCAAAUGUACGGAUCGCAAAGCCAUUGAACAAUCAAUUCGUGAUGGUUUCGCUUAUGAUGGCUACAGUGAUAUUGAUUUUGUCUCAAAUGCUGCCAAACCGUUUUAUACCUACACUCUCAAGCGUGCAGGCGAAGAUCAAGCGACAUGGUAUGUGGCCACGCCUGAAGAGAUGCAAGCUGCGGUCAAGUCUAAGUUCACCGUACCACCAGGCAAGAAGUUCCUUGAGGAAGCGUACCUGAGUCCCAACAAAACCGCUACUAUUGCCAAUUGGCAAACUUCUUUGGAUGGUAAAUAUUUUGCUUAUUUGGUAUCAGAUUCUGGCUCUCAAGUUUCAACUUGGUUCGUUCGCACGUUCGACAAGCCUUUGCUGUCAGGUGGUCCAAAUUCUCCAUUAGGCGGUGAUGGUGCUCUUCCAGAUGUGAUUCCAAAUGCUGAUUAUCAACUCAGCUGGUCAGCGGAUAAUACGGCAUUUUUCUAUACUGGAACUCUGCCUAGCGAUGCAGGAUCAAAUACCGAUAUUGGAUCUUCUGUUCGCUACCACGUAAUGGGAACAGCGUAUGAAAAAGACAUCACAGUCGUAAAAGCAGAACCUCAAAGUGCUACUGGAAACAAUAAUAUUUGGGGCUUUGUCAUAAGUCAAGAUAAUAAAUGGUUCAUACUUGGAGGCGCCACUGGAACUGACAAUAAAGCAAGAAUGUAUGCAACCCGUUUAGAAGGACAACAAGUUUCAGACAAAAUGAAAUGGAUCUCAGUUGCUCCAUCAUACGAUUAUCAAAUGAGCGCUUUGAAUGUGAUCGAUGACAUUCUAUACGUUCAAACAGAUUUGAAUGCCCUGGACAGCAGAAUUGCGAAAACCAAGCUUGAUUUUAGUAAAGCACGUCAAGUGACCAACCUCAACGAUUUGAAAGAGAAGCUUCCAUUGACUACCGUUAUCCCGGAAGUGAAAAAGGCGCAACUCACUUCCGCUGCGGUGUUCAACACUGACAAGCUCAUCAUUCUCUACACCACAAAUGGAUACGCUGUAGCAAAGCUCUAUUACUUGAAAACGGGUACAUUUAUUCGUCAAGUCAUCUCCAACGAACGAGCUGGAGGGGUGUAUGCUCUGACCCCACCUAGCAAAGGCAAAUCAAUCAAACUGAUUGUUAAUUCGCUUACUUCGCCGUUGAAAAUUUAUGACAUCACUAUGCAAGGAACUAAAUUUGUUGAAACGUUGUGGUUGAGUGUAAACAUCAAAGGUACACGUCCGGAAGAUUAUACGACUGAAACAAAGUUCGCUACAAGCAAAGACGGAACUAAAGUACCUUAUCUCGUCAUUUCUCGUAAAGGUACACCAAAGAAUGGGAAAGGUGCCGCUUACAUGCAUGUGUUUGGCUCUUAUGGCUAUACACAAGUCAAUUACUACGAUCCCGCCCUCUUUUCAUGGUUGAAUAGUUACGGAGGCUUCAUAGUUUUCGGUUCACCAAGAGGUGGUGGUGAUUGCGGUAACGAAUGGCAUGUUGCUGGUCAAGAUCAUAAAAAGCAAAAAACAUUUGAAGACGUGAUUGCUAUCGCAGAUGACUUAGUCAAGCAAAAGUAUGCUGCGCCCGGAAAAGUCAUUGGAGAUGGUGGUGCUGCAGGUGCAAUUGCUAUUACUGCCGCUGCAAAUCAAUCACCUUCGAGCUUUGGAGUUUUAUUGGGUGUUCGUCCUGUCCUUGAUUAUUUCUUACGUAAACGUUCGCGUGGUGGAGCUGAGCAGACAGAUGAAUUUGGUGAUGUUGAUGACCCGGUUGAUUUCGAUUACGUUAGAGCAUGGUCUCCUUUGCAAAACAUUCCAACGAAAGGUGACUAUCCUGCUGUUUUGAUGACACCUGGUGCAGGUGAUGAUCAAGUGGUUCCCGCUCACAGCUUCAAAUUCUUGGCAGAAGUACAGCAUGAUCAUCCCAACAAUCCUUUACCAUUGCUCUUGUACCUCGUUCCAAAUGGCGGCUUAGACAACUACGGUCACAGUACCCAAAGCGCAGUAGAUGAAGGCAGCCGUCAACAUUGCGUUGCUCAACUCGCUUUAGGCUUAGAACGUACAAAGUGA